UCCUCGAAGAAUGGCCGUCUCGUCAGCGCGGUGAUUCGCUUCGAGACAAGCCUGAGCCCGAGGGAAACGCACAGGUCGGCUCCGGCUCGGAUUCCUUCGACAGGGAAUGGCCAACCUCGUGCUCGGCCAAGGCGAGUGAUCGCCGGUCGCGUCUCAAGAUUCACUCUCGCAAGCUCGAUGACUUUGUCGUGACUCGUCCUAUUUAUUAAUUUAUUCGAAUCGGUGCUUCCGAAAUCUUCGCGACAUCUUCCCUGCUCCACCUUCAGGCAUCCCCAGACGCCGGAAAGAUCGACGACCACCUGCGUCACCUCGAGGGGAGACAUGUCCACCUUGCUGCAACAGUUGGUCCAGAUUUUCGACGCCGAGGGAGAGAUCAGGGACGCGUCGGAGAACGGAGAACCAAGGAAUACGCAGAUGUAUCAGAGGGACCAGCAAAGAGACCAGCAAAGAGACCAGCAAAGGGACCAGAAGGAGCUCCAGAGGGAGUUGUACCCUCAGCAGAGGGAGAAGCCCCAGCGGGAGAAGAGGGACCAGCUCCACCAAAUUCGCUCGAUGAAUAACCUACUCCUGGAUCUGCCGACCUACUCCCGGGAACCGGGAGAUGCCGACUUCGGGACCUCGAAAGGGUCCAACCUCGAAGGAGACAUGUCGAUUUCGGAUCUGUUCGGGCUGAGCCUGCCCCGAGGGUCGCUGAUGGGUUCGCCGAGCCACCGCCAACACCAGCUACAGGGCCAGAACUACGGGCAGACCUCGCCCUCGUCGACUUCCUCCUCGCACAGGCAUCUCCAGCCGGAGGAUUGGCAGAGCUGUUACCCUGCUUCUCUCAGUCUGGACUUUCCGGGGACACCAAGCUCGGUGACUACCCCUGGGAGUCCCAGCACUCCUGGAAGCGGGUACUCCAGUCCUUACACCUACGGGAGCGCCUGGAACAAUCCUCACGUGGCCUCGACUCCGAAUAGCAGUCGCGCUCCGAUCCAGAAUUUCGGAUCCCCGCUGUCUUCCGUCAACUCUUCCUACUACGGGAGGCCGAUUCGCGGCUCGCCGCCGUACAGCGACUGCGGAAGCCCGACCGUGGAGUACCCGUACACGGUGGGAUGCAACGGGACGAGAUCGAACUCACCGGCCGAUUCCGAGACCAGCGGCGUCAGCAGCAUGGACGGCUCUUUGUCCGACAUCAUGAAUUGCCUCUCGCUGAACUCCAACCAGCACUCGUGCUACCCUCAGUCGCUGAGCAUUCUGAUGUCUCCGGAGACGAGCGUUUGUUCGGAAAACAGAGCGGCUUAUCAGCGAAUGCCGGUAAAGAAGUGCAUGCCGCCGUCGCCGGGCCAGCAACAGCAAUCCUCCCCCUCUUUGCACCACCAUCAUUACCAUCACUCCCAUGGCCACCCUCGGAAUCAUCAGUACUCGCAGUCGCAGCUCGGCAACUCGAUGAACUCCUUGCUCCCCGCGGAGAAGAACUGCUGCAUCAAUGGGAAUCCCCAUGUCAUGUCGAUCAACCCGUCCCUUGCGAACUCGUUGGAGCAACAGAUGUCCCUGGACCGCGCCGCGCGUUUCCACAAAAAUGCGGCUGCGCUGUGCGACGCCACGUGCACCUGGAGCGGCAUUUUGCCUCAACGUACGCACAAGCCCCAGGGGUAUUCCUCGAAGAUCUUCCUCGGAGGGGUUCCUUGGGACAUUACGGAAUCCUCCUUGAUCGCUACUUUCAAGCAAUUCGGCCAGAUUCGCGUCGAGUGGCCCGGAAAGGAGCAAUCGCCCACGCAGCCCAAGGGCUACGUGUACAUUAUACUGGAAUCCGAGAAACAGGUCAAGGCACUGCUUGCCUGUUGCACGCACGAUUUUACCAAUGGCGGUAGUUGGUAUUACAAAAUCUCGUCGAAGCGAAUAAAAGGUAAAGAGGUCCAAGUGAUACCUUGGAUACUGAAUGACAGCAACUACGUGAAGUCCACGUCUCAAAAGUUGGAUCCGCAGAAGACCGUCUUCGUGGGCGCGCUUCAUGGUAUGCUGACUGCCGCGGGGCUCGCGAAGAUUAUGAACGACCUCUUUGACGGAGUCAUUUAUGCAGGAAUCGACACGGACAAGUACAAGUAUCCGAUUGGUUCCGGUCGCGUGACCUUCAGCAAUAUUCGUUCCUACUUGAAAGCUGUUUCCGCAGCCUUCGUAGAAAUUAAGACUGUUAAAUUUACUAAAAAGGUUCAAAUCGACCCUUACAUCGAGGACUCCCUCUGCUCCGGAUGCUCGGUGCAGCAAGGACCUUACUUCUGUCGCGAAUUGAUCUGCUUCCGGUACUUCUGCCGCAACUGCUGGCAGUGGCAACACGCCAUGGAGUCGAUGCGCCACCAUGAGCCUUUGAUGCGGAACUCCAAGACCAACCAGGUCGUCGGGUUGACCCCGAACUUCGGGUGGAGCGGCCAUGGCGGAAGGACCUCGAACAGGCUCGCGAUUUAAAUUUCUUUUCCCGUCGACCUCGCGGCCCUGGAGGUUUGCGCGAGCGUCGCCGCAAUUUCUUUCUUGACUUGAGUUUAGAUAUUCGUACGAGCACCGAGAUUUACCGUAGCACCGAAUUACCCGAUUUUUGUUGUCGUGACGGCGCUGAGUCAGUUUUAAACGCGGGGCUGCGGGCAGCUGGUCUGACGAAGGAGGAAGAUUGCCGGACGAUCCGUUGGGGAAUAGGUCGGGACGCGUUGUCCACCUCGAGGACCUCCUCCUCGAAGUCCCAACCCCAUCCCCGAGGUCCCCCAAGCGAGCGCGAGACACUUUUAUUUCGCCUUUGUUUAUUUCGGGACUGGCGCUCUCUUUCUCGCCCCCAUUUCCAUUUUCCUACGUCCUUCCUUAUGCGACUCACCCGGGAGCGCGAGACCCUCUUGGGGGAGGAUUUUUGAAUUUCACGCGCGAAAACAUAAUAUUCCGAUUUAUUCAUGAGAUCUUAGGUUCCUAGCGAGUUUCCCCCCUGGUUCGGUUCGUCUCUCAUUUCGCGGGGUUUCGCUCACCGGGGGGAGGAUUUUUGAAUUUCGCGCGCUCCCGCGAAAGGACGCCACGGGCUGUUUUUCUAAUUCUUAAAAGGGGAAACGAUACUACAAGACCUUUAGGAUAACGAUCCUCCUCCGCUUUCCCACGUUCUUUUUCAAGCCUUUUCUUCCCUUUGCGUUUUACGACCUUACCGGAGGACCUUACAGGAAACGAUGGAACGAUUGUUUUAACGAGACCCCUUGGCGCGUCUCGACGCCCCGAUAAUACGGAUCGUCUCGUUGUUCGCGAACGGCGGCCUUCUCCGCGCGCGGACUAGCGAUUCUAGGGCCGUUAUUAAUGCGUUAGAUUAUUAUAUCACGAUGUUAUAAAAUGUUAACUCGCGGGGCGGCAAGCAGGGCCGUGGCCCUCGCCCCGAUUCCGCUCGACUCUCGUCGACAGGUGGAUUCUAGCCAACCCCCGUUACAUCGGAUCGUCCCACAAGUAACGCGGUUCUCUUUCGUUUCCUAAAAUAAGAGACUCGGUUAUGAUCAAAGGAAAAAGAAAAAAAAAAGAAACAGAAAUACCCUCGGGACGCGAUUCUUCUCUCUAAAGAGAAAUACUAAACGCGGUUAUUCGGAGGAAAAAUGAAGAGGAACACCGAAGAUUCCAUUUUUUUUUGCACUCUCCUUGGAGAGAAAUACCAAAGUCGGUAAUUUGAGGGGAAGUACCGAUAAUGUGAGCUCUUUUUUUUUUCUAUCUCUCUCUCACUCUCGGUGGACGAAAUCACGAAAUGCGGCUUUUUCUCGAGGAGAAUAUGAGACGCCGCUCUUUUUCUUAUCGGUUAAUGAGAUUAUCGCGUCACUUUUGGGACCACCCGAUUAGUAGUUUAUAUCGUUAGGCAACCGUACACAUAUU